AUGGAUCCUACAUUGAUAGCACAUGGAGCUGAAGCAAAAAUAUACCUGGUGAAUGACACCAUAAUUAAAUAUAGAACACCGAAGAGCUACAGAAUACCAGAGAUAGACAUUGAUAUACGCAAGAAAAGAACGGUGACGGAGAAAAAGAUUUUAGAGCGAUUGGCUGCCAAUCAGAUUGACGCACCCAGAUUGUUAAAAAUGGAUGAAAACAACGAGCAGUUUGACAAUAAAACCACGAUUUGCAUGUCAAACAUACCAGGAAUGAAUUUGAAGGAUGUUGUUAUAUGUUUGGAACAUCGCGAGGGGCAGCCCAUCCACGGUCUUACAUUAUCGCUUCCCGACAUUUUUACCAACUUGGGCCAGCUUGUUCGGAAAGUACACGCAUGCGGCAUUGUGCAUGGUGAUUUGACCACAGCAAAUUUCAUAGUCGCUGAUAACCUGAUUCAUAUAAUUGAUUUUGGCCUAUCGUAUUUCUCAGGAAAGGACGAGGACAGGGCCGUUGAUCUUUAUUUGCUAGAGAAGGCUGUCCGAACAGUGCAUCGUGAUGAUUACAUGGUGUGGUUCUAUGAUGGCUAUGGAAUUAAAGAGCAAAUAUCACUGGAGAAAAGAUUGAGUGAUGUACGAAAACGGGGACGUAAGAUUGGCAUGUAGUGCAGGAUCAGAUCAUUAAAACACACGUGUUAAA